GUCUUGCUUAUACACACAAACACACUCCACGCGUGCCUGGCUGUCCGUCUGACUGCUUGUGAACGCACUAAAAAGAAAAAGGAGGCGAGGAUCCACAGUCCAAACACUGUUGCUGAAGCUCUCUGCAUCUGAAAGUAAAUUCUGAAGAAGUCACAUCCAGCCUCUUCAAACACCGACAACACCUGCUCCCAAAUCCAUAAUCUUUAUCGGCUUCCAGUUGAAUCAUGGAUACUGCAGAGUUUCGACGCAGAGGCAAGGAGAUGGUCGACUAUGUGGCAGACUACUUGGAAAACAUAGAACAGCGACCAGUGUACCCGGAUCUGGAACCAGGAUAUCUUCGAUCUCUAAUCCCCACUGAGGCUCCACUUGAGCCUGAGAGUUAUGAAGAAAUAAUGUACGAUGUCGAGAGGGUUAUAAUGCCAGGGGUCACCCACUGGCACAGCCCAAACUUCUUUGCCUACUUUCCGGCAGCUUCCUCUUACCCGGCUAUGCUGGCUGAUAUGCUGUGCACGGCUAUCGGCAGCAUUGGAUUUUCCUGGGCGGCCAGUCCAGCGUGCACCGAGCUGGAGACGGUGAUGCUGGACUGGCUUGGGAAGAUGCUCCACCUGCCUGAGAGCUUUAUAGCGGGGACAGACGGCCACGGAGGCGGUGUAAUUCAGGGCACAGCCAGUGAAGCGACCCUGAUGUCCUUGCUUGCUGCUCGGUGUAAAGCAAUCAGACGGGUCCUGGAAACAGACGCUACAACGUCUGAGUCUGAAAUCCUCUCUAAACUGGUGGCGUAUACCUCUGAACAGGCUCAUUCCUCCGUGGAGCGGGCCGCCCUGAUCGGAGCAGUAAUGAUGAGGAAGGUCCCCACCGAUGAACGCUACUCUGUGAGAGAGGAAACGCUACGGAAGAUGGUGGAGGAAGACAAAGCAGCUGGACUCAUCCCCUUUUAUUUUUGUGCGACUCUCGGCACCACGCCAUCAUGUGCGUUUGAUCGAAUCACGGAGCUGGGACCCUUUUGUAACAAGGAAAACAUGUGGAUGCACAUUGAUGCAGCUUAUGCUGGGAGUGCCUUCAUCUGUCCUGAAUUUAGACCCUUAUUGAACGGCGUUGAGUAUGCAGACUCUUUCAACUUCAAUCCACAUAAAUGGCUUUUAGUCAACUUUGACUGCUCUGCAAUGUGGGUGAAGAAGAGAGCAGACAUCAUUGGAGCUUUUAAAAUGGAACCGCUCUACCUGAAACACGAAAACCAGGAAUCAGGGCUGGUCACGGAUUACAGACACUGGCAGAUUCCACUGGGAAGAAGGUUUCGCUCUCUAAAGAUGUGGUUUGUGUUUCGGAUGUACGGGCUGAAAGGCAUGCAAGCCCAUAUACGAAAGCAAGUGGCCCUGGCCAAAGAGUUUGAGAGUCUGGUGAGAGCAGACAAGAGGUUUGAGAUCUGUGCUGAAGUGGUUCUGGGACUGGUCUGCUUCAGACUCAAGGGCUCCAACGAGAUGAACCAGAGCUUACUCAAAAGGAUCACAAAGAGCAGAGAGAUCCACUUGGUGCCGUGCCAGCUCUCUGGCCGCUUCGUCCUGCGCUUAGCCAUCUGCGCCCGCAGCACUGAGUCGCGCCACAUCCAGCAAGCGUGGCGCCACAUCACACAGCUAGCCUUUGAGCUUCUUCAGGAGCAGCCACAUUGACCCCUAGUCCAGGUCUAGGAAGUGCUGCUUCGUUCUGAUGCUGACAAGAAAACCAAAGUCUAGACAGGAGAAUAGCGAAGAAUGCCCUUUUACUAAUAUAUGGAUUUUUUAUUUAUUUUUUUGCUGUCAGUAGGGUUUCUGUCUGCAGCUAGAUGGUAAAGCUAAUACGUAUUUGCAAUUAUUUGUAUAUGAUGGUUCUAAAGAUACAUAUAUGUCAACAUGACUUACCACAUGUUGUGCUAGAGGUUCUAAACAAAAAAAAGGGAAACAAGUUUUAGAUAUUACCUCUUAUGUCUGGAGUUUCUUCGGCCAUUGUCUAAGCUUCUAUCUGUCACUGCUUGGUGAUUUUGUGACUGUCCGCGACAUCAUACAUUUGCCUGCCUGCUGGCGUUUCUGUGCCCGUUCUGUGUCUUCCGGUUGUCGAAGAGUCAAGGGUGAUCGAACUGGAGCUUAACUUUGUUGUGAAAACGUUGCAUGUUGGGAUAUUUAGUAGUUUAGUCAGCUGAUGCCUGCAGUUUCUGUAGGUGCUUAUCUAGAACCAAGCUUCUCAAUGUACCGUACUGAUGUUAGUGACAUAAAGAGGUAAAAAGCGAAGAAUUCAAAUAUCGGUCAUUUGGAUAAAUCUUUUUAUAAGUGCAUUCAAGAUCAAAUUUCUACAAUUAGUCAUGUUUAAUUAUAGUGGUCCAUGUGAGGUGAUUAUUUUCUAUUUUUCUUAAAAUGUUGUCUUUUACACAGGGGCCACUUUGCAAUCUGCAGCACAACAUAGUUAUUAUAUCCUUUUUAAAUAAGAAAAGAAAGAAAAUGACCCUAAUGUCUAAAAACAAAGCACUGUUUUUGUUCACUGUAUUAGAAAUAAUGUUUGCACUCAUUCAGAAAUAAUAGUCAGUUUUGUUAAAAGAACACAAUUUUAAGCAAAUGUGUGCAUAAAACCCCCCUGACUGCAUGUCUAUGAUCUGAUUUUGGUGCUUAAAUGGCCCCUUAAAUGGUCUAUUUGAAGUUAUUUUCAGUAACGGUUCUCUUACUUGUAGAGACAAGACAUACUGCGGGGAACAUUGUAAAAAAGUAAAGAAAUUCUCAGGCUGGUGGAAGACUAACAUCUACUUAUGGAAGCAAUGUUUAGUUGAUUUUAGCAUCUUAAAGCAACUCAAAUAUAAAAAGGUUUAUGUGAUUUAAUGAUACUGUAAUGGAUAUGAAAUGUCUACACUAAACGAGACCAUUGUUAAGUUUGUUGCUUUUCCACCUCAGUAUGUGAAAACUAAUGUUGGCGGAGGUCCCCAGCUGUUCAGUCCUCCCAUUUAGCCAAUCAUGAAGGCAUUGGACAUACCAUCUUUGAUGCCAAUGCACAAAUAACUGUUUGGCGGACUUAAAGCAGACUGACACGUCACAGCUAACGAUGUGAAUUGAUAGAACCGACAGCGCCAGCCCGUUUAACUUUACCAUAGUAACGCUGAAGUUCUGCUGACCAAUCAGCCACAAACGUAACAGCGGUGUCUCGUGAAAGCGUUGACUGUUGAUUUGCAACAAGCAUUUUAAGUUUUGAAUUGGAAAUUUCUCCAAAAUUAGACAAAAUGAGGGUCAAUCUUUUUAAUCCAAGUCAUUUUAUGUCAGGCCCUAUGAUAUAAAAUUUGCCUAAACCGACAAAUUAAAAUUUUAGUUUUAGAAAUACUUAAAACAUAACAUUUCAUUUUAUGGUGAGAUCAAAUAAUCAAAAGUCCUUUUAUUUCUAUUUUGUAAAGUUUGAUCAAAAAUAUGUUUACAUCCAACUUUUACAUUAAACCUUCUUGAGUAAAAGGGGAAUAUUUGAGUACUUGUGCCACUUACAAAGUUAAAUACACAAUUUGCAGCCUCUAAUGUUAAUAAUAGAGACGGAGGAAAGAAGCAACGUUGCCAUUUUCUAUUAAAUUCUUUUGAAAGUGAUUUAAAGCUAUUUGGAAAGAAACCAAAAUUGCUCUUGAGUUCGCAUGCGGUCCGCUGGAGAGGCCGUCAGCCAGCCUCUGCUCUGAGAAGUUCUUCACUUUUCUAGAAACUCACUGUGAUAUGACAUCUUUAACCACAAGUAAAUAAAAUCCGUGCCAUCCCUUUAAACAACCUGCCAUGUCUACUGCUGUCUUCAGUGGCAGAUGCUCACAGGAUGUUCUACAGUCUCUCAUUAUAGCACACAUGUGGCAGGAUCAAGAAAUAUAAUGCAUUCUUACAAUGAACAAAUGUAAUUAAAGCAUUAGCGUCUUGCGUCUGUCUGGAGAAUAAUAAACAUGUGGCAUAUCAUGGGAGCUGCCUGUCUCUGGUGCAGGUGUGUUUUCUUCGACUUGACCGUGGGUUGCAUAAUUGUUCUACAUUUAUCUGAAUAAAGUCUGCCGUAGUCUG